GUGAAAACUGCAGCACCACCGGAAGUUCAUUCCAUGCUUCGAAUCGUCCUGCGGUUUGUUCGCCGCGAGACUCCACAAUAAACUGGAAUUAUCUACGAAUUUAAAAAAUAACUAGUUUUUCCAGCACAACACACUAAUAAUGUCUGACAACGAAGACAAUUUUGAUGACGGAGAUUUCGAUGAUGUUGAAGAUGAAGAACCUCUGGAUGAUCUGGAGAACGUGGAAGAUGAGGAUCAGGAGAACGUUCAGAUCCUGCCGGCGGGUGAAGGACAGCAGGCCAAUCAGAAGAGAAUCACCACUCCUUACAUGACCAAAUACGAGCGUGCGCGUGUGCUGGGAACACGAGCGUUGCAGAUUGCGAUGUGUGCGCCAGUGAUGGUGGAGCUGGAAGGAGAGACGGAUCCACUGCAGAUCGCAAUGAAAGAGCUCAAGAGUAGGAAGAUCCCUAUCAUCAUCCGUCGGUAUCUGCCGGACGGCAGUUAUGAGGACUGGGGCUGUGAUGAGCUCAUCAUUACUGACUGAGAAUCUCACACACACACACACAUGUUCAGAUCUGCAUCAGAUCUGUGUGUCACAGCAGUGUUUACAGCACAGAUCUCUUGGCUUCUUCUCUGGCUUAUAGUGUGGAACUUUGUUUCAUCCAGCAGUUCAUGUGUUUGUCCACAGGAGGGCAGCACAAACACAUGAUAAACACCCAGCGCAAACGAGGAAGAGUUCACCCUUAUUAUUUAAUGUUCAUUUUCAACAUUCAAUUUGUUUUAUUCAUGCAAAAAUUAAACCUUUUUUUGUAGAAAACUA